GAUGAGGUCGUGGGGGAGGAAGGAGAAGAGAGCAUGAAAGUCAUGGGGGAGGAAGAAGAGGAGGCCAUGGAGGUCGUGGGAGAGAGGGCAGGAGGCCACGGGGGAGGAAGAAGAUGCUCCCUCGUUUCUGAAGUUGGUCUUCGCCUCAACUGCGAUGGCUGCUCCCAGUUGUGGUUGGACAUUCCUGUUCAUUGGUUGCUACUCAUAUGAUUUUUUUUUCAUUUUCCCUACAGAUUGGUCCGAUUUGAGCGGAUUCUCUUCCUCUUGGUCGGUCCCCUGGAUGUGCCUCCCUUGAUCUCUGCCUGCACAUCCUUUAUAAGCACCCUCCUGCGUCUCCAUUCAUGGAUCGACUGGUGCAUGGGCACUGGCCGCUGCAGCCAGAGUUGCCACCAAAUCAGAUUAGAAGUUUUUCAAACAGAUUCCUAUAUUUUGAAGUGGUUAUGCUCAUGACAUAGCUUGGCUAGAUCAUGUCUUACUAUAUAAUGUACUUCAUCGUGUCUCAAGCUUUUGUGCUUAAUGGUACUGGAGAUAUAUAAACAGGACAAAGUAUACAAGUUAGUAAUGGGCACUUCAUAUGUGAUGCCAUGUGAGGAAGCCUUGGUAUGAUACAGUAAGAGAUGGUAAUUCGAGGGAGGUCAGAAUCCAAAUUUGUAGCUACCUACCCAGUUCCACACUAUGCUUUGCUGGACUACCCAUUUAUGUUUCCCUUAGGUAUUCCAAACUUAGUCCGAUCACAUGGGCGAUGGCUGAUCGAUGGCCUCUGCUUGGUACUGCACGAUAAGUUGGAACUACUGAUGCUCCAAUUGCAGCCAGAUGGCCACGUCGGCGGCGCUACGCGGCAACCAUAUCCGCAAGAACCGCACCCGUCGCAGGUAGGAACGCGCUAUGGCACCUCGAGUCACACUAAACGGGGGUGCAACCCAUCAGUAUUUUCAGGUAGAGUACACAGAGGACAGAAGUACAUUGACGGAAAUGAUGACACCCUUCCACUGAAGCUCGCAGACGGCACCGUGAACUGCGACAAUCGCUUCAUGCUUGAAACCGGCAGGAGGGCCACCAUCACGACGGAUUGAUCAUGGUUUCGUCACCACGCUAACAUUCAGGAUGGCGACAUCUGCGCCUUCCAUUUCAAGCGCAAGGAAAGGCAUAAGGUCAUCACAUCGUCUCUCCCUCACCGUCCAUCACAUCGUCUCUAGGUAUAAGGUCAUCAGCAGGAUAUAUAUGAACCGUAUAUCGUCUUUAGCUUAUCUCAAUGUUGUGCUCUAUCAUCCACCUUGUAAGACUCUGGCCUAUCUUAUAAUAUGCACCUACUACCUUAUAUGUAUGAUGAUCGAACACUUUUCUUCUAAGCUUGUGUUCAUUGUAUUCAUAUUUUAACAAUUGAGGUACUCUGAAACGCAUA